AUGCUGAAAUAUCAGGAGUACACCGCAUGGAUUUCGGUUGAUGGUCAGCCGCUGGAAACUUACGCUGUGGAGACACUUCCGGCGACCAAUGAAGUGACAUGCUGGAUUGCGUCGGAAGCUGGCAAGGAGUUUUCUGUGCAUUGCCAAGAUACCUCUGCCAGUAGCGUCGAGGCCAUUGCUGCAUUCGUCUAUCUUGAUGGACAGGUGUGCCACGGUAACAAGUUCAAGGCGAACACGAAUCAUAUUGUCAAGAUUAGUGACGUGUAUGUCACGGAUAGGAUCACCAAACCAUUCGUAUUCUCAACUGUUCGGCUCACCGAUGAAGACGAAUUCGUGGAUACGUCAUCAGCCAACUUAGGACAAAUCCAAGUCAAGGUUUGCAGAAUAGUGCUCAGCGAUUUCUGCUAUCCCUCGCAGACCAAUCUUCAAACUGAACACAAAGUGCACGAGCGCUCAAAGAAAGCAGUGACACAUUGUGUAGGGCUUGGUAGUGGAACUGUGGUUCAAUCAACAAUGAUGCGCAACUCAGAGUACAUCGGUCAACCUCUCGCAAUCUUCACAUUCAAAUACAGAGACCGAAAUCUUUUAAAGGCGAACGGAGUCAUACCAGUCCCAGCACCUUUGAAGCGCAAGGCAUCUCAGGAAAUCAUUGAUCUCACUGUUAAUGACGUCAAGGUAGAGAGCAACAGGCCCAAUGCUCUUGUCCGAGGAGAAGGCAGUUCGCGCAGAAUAAAGGAAACAGAACACAGGAACAAGAAGGUGAAGCAAGAACAGAAGCCUGUUGUAUUUGUAGAUGUCAUUGAUUUGACGUAG